AUGGCGAGUAUAUCGCGCCUUUUCCUGUUCUUUAUCUCUGUCUGGUCGACCCUUGUGGUCCAUCUCGGUCAUGUCUCGGCUCGCUAUAUUCCUUCUCUAGUCCCCGGGGAAACGUUUCCUUCUGCAGAUUUCCUUCUGUCGGAUUACAAGAAUGUAUCCCUUCACAAGCGCGAUGGAAAGCCCCCUCCUACCUUCGAGGAGCUCAUACGCAAAGGGGCUUGCCAUCUUUCCAACAGCGAGAGCCUUGACUAUCCCCAAAGGGACUUAGGUUCCUUCAGAAAGAUGGGGCAAUACUGGACAAGUAAACCAUACGCUGUUGGGAAUAGCGGAACCACAGAGUCCUUAGAAGUACUGGGGGAUGCACUUAGUGCACUUGGUUUGCCAACGAAGCUCCCUCCGAAUAAAGGCGACAUUUGGGAGCAGGAUCGAGACUGGGAGGAAGACGGAAUUAAUAAAGCUGCUACAUACGGCUUGUAUCGAAGCGUGAUGAACCCAGCGAAAGGAUUCAUGAUUGCGGAGGAGAACUGGAGUCCUUGGGAACAGACGAAGGAUGACAAACGUAACCCAAAUUCGGACGGUCAAAGACAGCCUCCGAUCACCAAAUGGUCGGACGUUACUUUCCUGGCUUGGGACCAGCUGGCGCGAACUACCAAGGAGGUUAAAAACAUCAAGUAUAUGUUUCGCUUCCACAUUAUCAAUGAUCUCACCAUUGCCACGAUCGAUACCGCCCUUCAAAGAAAGGGGGAAACGAUCGAGGGAUGGCCGGGUACUACGUUUGACAUGACCACAGAUGAAGGCAAGGCCAUUCUCGCUACGCCCAAUGGUGCCGGGGUGGCCUGGUGGCUUAUCGACCACAAAGAGCAAUUAGGUGUGAAGACAGUUAAAUCGGUGACUGUUUUCAAAGACCCUUUUCAAAAGCUGCCGGCAGAGAUCAUCCUCCAGAUUCUCGAGUCUUGUUGGGACUUCACAGGCUUAGAUGGGCUACUGCAAAUCUCAUCAAAGGCCAACGAGGUCUUCGAGACUUACUAUCCCAGCAUUACCGAGGCAGUCCUGGCCUCGUGUUCCAUGACAUCAGGGUUCAAUGGCCAUAAAUUUCGACUGGUGGUAGCCAUCCAGGCUGCAGCCAUUGGGCCGCGCACAUUACAGAAAUUCCUGCAAGACAAGGAUUGGGACCCAAUGCCACCAGUCAUGAAGUCCAUCUUUUGGUCACUGGAGUGCUCGACCCCUAUUCGACAGGCGAUCAAAUCAGCUGCUAAGGUCCAUCGUCUUGCUUGUGUCUGUUACGACUCAUUCAUCGAGGAGAUCAAAAAGGCCAAACCAGCCCGCCCCAAUGUGAACGAGGACGAGAUACAUGACUGGCUUUGCUUCAAUGUACCAGUGCGAUUGACAAUGCCGUUUUCGCCUGAUGCUAUCCACCAUCCGUCCUUUGUCGAGCAAUUUUGGCUUCAUCGCGCUCUCUGGGCAUUCGAGCUUUACUCAUAUAUUUACAGAGCGGCAACAACGCGCUGGGCCUGGUCCUCCAAGAAAGUAGGUCGAUACACUGGCACAUUUCUGGUAUUUUCCAAUCAGAUGAAUUGGCACGAAGAUGAGCAUCUCACCAUCACUCAAUGUAUGAGAUGCCUGUCACGCAAGACGCCCAUCCAACUCAGCUCUUACUACCCAUGGCUGAUUGAGCUGCCGUCCCCGGACGACCUUAUUACCAAUUCCUGCUGGGCAUUACCAGACCCGGUGGACCUAAAUGAUCUCGGGAACAAGGUUGAUCGCUCGUGGGGGAGGGGCCCUGGGUUUGCAAAGUACGCCGGCCCUGGAAUGGAAACCUUUCGUUUGCUUCGUUCUAGUUGUCGUGUGAACCCUGAUAGCCCGUUAUUUCAUUGCAAUCUCCGAGUUUUUCGAGGGUUGGGCGUCGCUUUCUGGGAUGAAUGGCGAUUGUAUAAGAUGGGACUACAAAGGAAAAUGGGGUUCUUCGCACAGCCGAGACCCGAGCACCCGAAACCCAUCACGGAUGCCUUGUACACCUGGUACAGCUUAGUGAAGGAUGAGGAUUUAGUGGACAAAAAUGCCUUCACUUUUAUAAGGCGCUUCUCUCGAUAUGUUAGAUAA